AUGGACACGCAGCGCGAACGUCCAGUGCCUGUGGGUGGCAAGUCACCAGCUUCUUUACCUGUUGAUGCCGAGUUGGAGCUACUACGAGCACUUGAAGAAGAAAUAUCGAAAGAAGCAAAAAGCGGAAAGGAAAAGAAGACGACGGAAGAGCACGAGAAAAAAGUUCCUUUUCUUGACGAAGACGACGAUGAUUAUGAAGACUCGGACGAAGACUGA